AUGUCGACUCAAACCGCUCUUGUACUCACGGAGAUCGGAAAGCCCUUGACUAAGAUGCAGCUGCCCAUCCCUGAUGCAUCUCAGCUUAAGGAUUAUGAAAUCUUGGUCAAAAUUACUACCGCAGGGCUGGCACCGCUGGAUCAGAAAUUCCGUGACUACGGCCAUCUGAAUAUCGGCUCCCGCCUUCCGGCCGUCAUAUCUGCGGAUAUCGUCGGAACAGUCAUCGAAAGAGGUCCCGACAGCAAUAUCCCAGUUGGCGCACACGUGUUUUCUCAGGGUCUCUUCAGUCUUCCCAAAGGCGGCGGUCUCCAGGAAUACACUAUUCUAAACGGCGAAUAUGCGGGCAUCGUUCCAGGCGGAAUUCAAGAUACCGAAGCAGCGCUGUAUCCAAUCAACAUCGUCACCGCAGCUCUAAGUUUAUUCUCAUCUACUGGCUUUGGUCUACCUCUGCCUGAGACACAUGAUGCUGAAGGAUUUGACUAUACUUUGCAAAAUGUGGUUAUCAUCGGCGCAGGUAGCAACAUCGGCAAAUUAUCCGUGCAGUUGGCCAAGCUUGCAGGCUUUGGAACUAUCAUCGCUGUUGCUUCGCUCUCUAACGCUGGGCUUCUGAAAUCUUUCGGUGCGACGCAUGUUAUCGCACGUCAAGACUCGAACAUCAAAGAACAAGUACAAGCUAUCGUGGGCGAUGAUCUGCUCUACGUAUACGACACUUUCAACUACGGCGAUCUGAGUCUCGGGGCUUCCCUACUAUCUACUUCCAAGAAGGGCGUCUUCGCCCAUAACGGCACUGGUCAGAUUUCGGAGGCUGUGCUCAAGACCAAAAGAGCAGGGCUUGAGGAUAAGCGGAUGCUUGGCUUUUCACAUCUCAUUCCUGAGUUUGGCAAGCUUCUCUGGGAGAAACUGCCUAGUUGGUUGGAAACAGGACAGAUCAGGGCAUUGGCGUACAAAGUUAUUGAUGGUCUGGAGGAAACAGAGGUGAAUGAGGCGCUGGAUGAGUACGCCGCUGGAAGAAGUGGUGAGAGGUUCCAUGUUCAGAUUUUUUAA